AUGACACGUUUUUUAUUCAAUCAACUUUAUAAUCAGGCAAUUGCAGCUCCAUUUUGGGCCGAUCUUGAGUACGAUAAUAGUAGUUCCAGUAUCACAAUUAACUGGUAUAGUUCAACGAGUACUAAUCAAACUGAUGCGAAUACUUACUAUGACAUUAUUCAACAAGUGGUAACUGAAGCAUGUCCAGAACAAAGUUGUUUGUCGAGUUUUACCGCACUUCGAGCUGUUCGAAUUAGUUGGAACAAUCUUUAUUACACUCCAUCUGGCAAUAAUGAUUCUAUAAGCUUGUCGUUCUCCGCAUAUCUGAUAAAUACAUAUGAUGUGGGUUCUUCUAGUUAUCCAAUUCUUCGAUCAUAUUUUUUAUAUGACUACACUAAUCUAACAAGAAAUCUAACUUAUCUUAAACCUUUUGUCGGUUACCGCGGAAAAUAUUCUAUGGUUCAAACUUUUAACGAUCCAUUUUUUUAUCGAAAUGCAUUAUUUCUAACUCAAGGUUCACGAAGAAAUUUUUACGUUGGAGGACGCUUUUUAACUCAAUGUGAAGUAAGCUCUUUACGAGAAACAAGUGAUAUUAAUAUGUAUCCUUUGAAUAAUUUAAAUGAUGUUUUAAAUAAUCCACGAUUUCCGUGUCCAUGUUCACUCGGUCAAGCAUUAGCAGAUCGUCGUUUUGGUCGUUUAAAUAGUGAAACUGCUUAUGAAAGAUCAAAAAGGGUUGUUUGCUUUGGCCCACUAAUAACUGUUUGGAUCCCUAUUGGAUUUAAUUUUAAAGUACUUCGAGCACAAACAUGUUGUUAUAGCGAAAAUAAUGGAGGUUUAAUUACAUAUGGUGACCUUGCUGGUUCAGUACUUUCAAAUCCAUUUAUACUUUUUCAACAAUAUUCUUGGUUAAGACGAAUUGCCUUUCGCGAUCAAUGUUGUUCACCAACAGACACUGGAAGAACUGCAAAUUGGAAUAUAUGUCGUCUUUAUUAUCAACUUCAUCCACCAAGUACUUGUACAGGUUAUCAACCACCUACUAUGGUCACCGGUAUCGGUGAUCCCCAUAUCAAUACAAUUGAUAAUGGGCGAUAUACAUGUCAUAUUCAAGGAAUUUAUGUAUUUGCUCAGACAACUGAUAGUGCCCGUGCACUAGCUCAAUUUAAUCAAAACUACAGUACUAAUUUUGAUACUAAUGCUAUCUAUCCUGAUGAUUUAUUUCAAAUAUAUGUUCGUUCUGUAUCUAUACCACCAGCUUUAUCUUAUAUUGAACGAACACAAGGCGAUGCCUCGAUAUUUUCUAGUUAUUCAAUUGUUACUGAAAAUUAUUCUUUUAAUAUUAGUAAUAAUGAUGGAAAAUUUGGUUUUGUUGCAAAUAAUGGUUCAUCUAUUUUAUCACUUACGGUUAAUUUAGCAAGUAAUUUAAAUUAUGAUAAUGGAGAUAUGAUAAAUUAUAAUGAUCGAUAUAUUUAUCGAGUACAACAAACAGUUAUAUCUUUAAAAAAUAUAACAGUACCUCAAUUAACAUUUGCUCUUUGGUCUGGUCUUUCAAUGCAAUGUCAAAUUGUUAGUGAAAAUCUUGAUUGUACUUUAUCAUUACCGAAAAAAUAUCAAACACGUAUUGAAGGUUUAAUUGGUAAUUUUAAUGGAGAUUAUAAUGAUGAUUUAAUUAAUCGUGGAACAACUCAAACAAUUGUUAUAACACCUGCGAAUAGUGGAAAGUCUAUUAAUAAUGAUACAGACGUUCUUAGAGCUUGUCUUUCAUGGAAAGUACCUAAUGAUACAACGCCUAAUAUGAUAAAUCCAAUUAUGCCAUCGAACUUAGUUUAUAUGUAUUAUAAUGCUAUUGCAGAUACUCUUGCAAGUUUAAAUCCACUUCUUAAUCAAUCUCUGAUUGAUGAAAUAUGUUCAGAAAAUUUUGAAUGUCGUCAUGAUUAUAUUAUUCGAAUUAAUCCAAUAACUAGUGGUGCAACAGCUUCAACAUUAAAUUUAUUUCAACAAUCACGAACUAUAUUAGCUGAAAUAGUACCAACUAUCGAUGUAUCAUCACCUGUUCAAAUACCAUUACCAUAUCAUAAUACUAACCGUUUUUAUAUAUUACCAAUUACUGUUACUGGUGGAAAAAGUACACUUGUAACUAUUUCUCAAAAUGGUACUAUGACCACUAGUACUUUUAAUAAUGUGUCUAUUACGAUUCCAGUUCCGAAUAAUACCACUAGUUAUGUUCAAGUUUUUUUGACUGUUAGCUAUGGCACAAAUUCCACAUUGAUACAAUAUUUGAAUAUCAUCGGUUGUUUAUGUACAAAUACUAGUUAUUGUAAUUAUGCCGAUAGAACGAAAAUAUAUGAUAAUUACGAACUUGCUUCAUGUAAUUGUCCAGAUCAAUAUGACGGAGACUUUUGUCAAGACUCAUAUAAUGGUUGCAAAUCGGGUAGUGCAUGUCAAAUUAAUUGGGAUAAUACAACAACAACAUGUACUCCAUUGAGUGCUGCUGAUCAAUUGAGCCUACGUCGUUCGUAUACUUGCAAUGGUUCAUGUUUGAGUGGAUAUAGUUCAAAUAAUAGUUUCACAUGUGAAGAUAUUAAUGAAUGUCAAUUGAAUUCAUCUCGAUGUGGAAAUGGUAUAUGCAUUAAUCUUAUUGGAACAUUUUCAUGUGAUUGUGUCAACGGUUAUCGAUUUGACAAUCAGACAUGUAUUGAUAUAAAUGAAUGUAGAGAACCGAAUGUAGAUGGUACUUUUGGUAGACGUUGUAACACCACUGAUGUUUGUAUAAAUACAAACGGUAGUUAUACAUGUGAAUGUAGUCCUAUGUUUAAUACAACUGGAACUUGUGUUUAUAAUUCAAGUCUUUGUGGUGAUGAUACUUGCAGAGGCAGUGAUGGUACACUGUUAUGUUUACGUGGUUCGAUCGCAAUAUCUAAUAGUUGUGUUCCAUGGUGUAAUUCAACGUGUCCUGAUUUUUGUCAAUUGGUAAAUGAUAGUUAUCAAUGUAAUUGUAUGAAAUAUCCUGGUUUUCAACAUUCUAAUGAUGGAAAACAAUGUUUACAAUGUUAUGAUUUAAAUUAUGGUUAUGAUUGUAAUCAAAUGUGUAAUUGUACAUAUGGUAGUUGUAAUCCAAAUGCAACAAAUGUAAUUGGAAGUUGUAUUUGCGACAGUGGAUAUGAAGGAACAUUUUGUAAUAAACGUAUAGACAUGUGUGCAAGCAAUAAUCCAUGCAGCAAUGCUACAGAAGAUUGUCUAACUGAUCCCGCAAGUGGAAAUGCUACUUGUAGUUGUAAGGUUGGUUAUCAGAAAAAUGGGACGAGUACUUGCACAGAUAUCGAUGAAUGUACAAGCCAACUAGAUCUCUGUAUUCCAGAUGUUUCAAGUUGUGUUAAUUCUAUUGGAAGUUAUUGGUGUAAUUGUUCAAAUGGUUAUGAGUCUAUGAACGGUUCAUGUGUUGAUAUAAAUGAAUGUAAUAUGAGUGAAAAAAACUGUUCAGGCUACAAGAAUACAUAUUGUACGAAUAUUCAAGGUUCAUAUGAAUGUCGAUGUAGUUUUAAUUAUUCAUUAGGAGGGGAUUCUAAUCAACAAUAUGGAAAUGCUCGAAAUUCAACAAGUUUAUGUUUACCAACAAAUUAUUCAAUAUUCUGUGCAAAUCAAUGCUGGCCACCUGCUACAUGUAGUUCAAGAACAGGUCGAUGUGAAUGUCCAUCAUCGAACUAUAAUCUUGUUGAUUAUGCUUUGAUUCCUACUCUACAAACGUGUCAAUGUAUAGGUCAUCCAUAUACUUAUUAUGAUGGAAGUGGAUGUAUUAAUGCAACUGGCCUAACUUGGUUAAUAAUGAAUUUCGUGUCUGUUUCAACAAGUCGUACUGUACUUCUUACUCCACCAGAUACAUCUAGGAUAACAAAUAGAAUAUCUGCCGCCUUAUUUAAUAUGAGUAUAUCAUGUAAUGGAUCAUGUAUAAAUGUAUAUGAUACACAGAAUGUUUUACCGAAACAACUUCAACUUAUGGUUACAUUAAACAUUCCACUGAAUGUUACACAACGAAUAAUUUUUUUAAAUAAAUUACUCAAUGAUAUAUCUAUCUUCAAUGACAGUUACACUUUAACAUUGAUACAAAUGAGUUUAAAUCCAUUAUCAAAUGAACUGAGGAAUUUUACAGCAAAUAGUUCUAUACCACCUUGCGAAGAAUGUUCCAUUUUGGGAACAGGUGCUUGUUUUGGAAAUAAUUCCACUUGUGCAUGUAUUAAGCCGUAUGAAGGAUAUUUGUGUCGAGAUACUGCUACAUCAAGUGUUGCUCCAGUACAAACAUCGGAUAGAAAUUGGACAAUUAUUAUUGCCGUUGUCAGCGCCGUAGCUGGUCUUUUAUUAAUUGUUUCUAUUGUUAUGUGUGUAUUCUUUAUCAUCAAACAACGACAGACACCAGUUCCAAGCGCUAAAUUACCACAGACUCGUCCAAAAUUUACAAUACCUCGUGCUCAUAUUCCAACAAAUGUUACUAGUAAUCCAGAAAUUUUUAGUCUUGAUAAUACAAAUGAUGAAUCAUAUGUCGAUACAUCCGAUUCAUUACCAUCAAGUUCAAAUACAACAUAUAAUACAACAUAUCGUCCAAAUGGAACUCGUCCUGAAGCUGAUUUUGGUAUAUUUGAUGAAUUAGAAAAUCGUAUACCGUUAUCAAAAGGUCAAAUACCACGGCCACAAAUGCGUGAUAUGAUUGGUACAUUAAAUAGUUUACCAGGUCAUGAGCGAUUUGAUGGACCGUCAGGAGCAGCUAGUACAUUUUCGGAUAGUCGAGAUCUUGAUGAUAUUGAAUUUGUAACUGAUAUGGUUGAUGAUAUGACUAAAGAUGAUGAUAUGGAAGAUGAAUUUGUUGAAGCAUUAAAUCCAAAUUUAGCAAUGCCAAGAUCAGCUUUACAACCAGAAAUGAAAUCAUCAGGAUGGUUUUCAUUCUUUCGAAAUUCGUAA